AUGCCUGAACCAAUCAGCGAUGGUGAGGAUUGCGAGGAUAAUGAUCCUGUCGGACUAAUCGAGCACGAGUUUGUAAUGGCGAGUCAGCUUCCUUGUCCUUCUAUAGUGCUAAGUGCGCGGAAGCGACAGAGAAGUGAGCUAGUCGACAGCGAAGAUGAGAGCAGUCCUCAUCUCCCUCUUUAUGGAGAUGAGAGUGGCACUCAAAGGCGCCCUGGGUUAAGAGAAGCAAGGAAGCGUGGCAAACCUAGUGAUGAUCAAUUUGUAUCGUAUUAG